CGUAAUUGUCCUCCUACCACCAUGUACCCCACCUCCUCUCACCUCGUCUCCUCCCACCACCAUGGACGACCUCGAUACAGCCCUCGUUACCGUUAGGUCCCAUCUCGUUCAAGUUCUCGAACCUAGCGACAGCCCCAGAACACGAAAAAACAAAAAGGAAAUCGUGACGGCAGCCAAAAAAACGCUCUACGGCCUCAUCAAAAUGCUAGAAGAUGACGACGACGACGACGACGAACCAGAAGCACAAGAGUAUAUUGAACGAUACAACGCGCUCAUCGACGCAUUCGACACCUCUGAAACGAGAACCCGUUUCUUAUCAGCACGAGUCUUCCAGCUAUACAUGUCAAGACCCAUCCAGACUGGCAUCGAUGCAGAACAAAAGGGCCUCUUACGACUCUUGCACGGCUACGCUGGUAGACCAGAACAAUGGGCAGAGGUCCUCAAUACACCCCUCGAGUCCUUGCAAGACUGGGACUCGUGGUGCCAGCAAUCCCAGGACAAUGACGACACGGAAGAUUUUGACGAUCAGCUGGUCUUUUUCCCAAAGAUGGUUCAAGCCUUUAGCAACGAGUCGGACGCCCACUCAUAUGUUCAAUACGUUAUACGCAUGAUCGAAACCCUAAAAUUCAUCGAACGUUGGAAUAAACAAGAACGGCGCGACGGACAAUCUGCGCGAGCGUGGAAAAUCAAAUAUAUCGAAAACGCCUUCAAAUACAGCAGCUCGACCAACAACGACCUCUGGAACCGUCUUCACCACCUCCCCAAAAAGAUCGCCGCACGAGAACCUCUGAACAAGGCGUUGAAGAAACACAGUAGUGAACACGCUCGCAUGAUUACUAGUCGCAACACCUUUUAUGACCUCUACAAACUCUUUGGACCCGGCGUUUUCCUCGACAAGCUCUGGGACCCUCUGAAUCACAGAUCAAAGUCAUUCCGCCCCCUCCUCGAGCAUUUCACCAACAAUAUGCCAUUCGUCGUCAAGAACGGAACGUCCAUACCAAUCAACGUUACGAGAUUCACCUGGGGAGCCGAUUCACUCUACAACAUUCUCUCCGUGUUGGCGUCCGAGGCAGUGGCAAAACACGCACAAAAGUUUAUGCAGGAACACGAGCCGGACGGUCAGGCAGGGACCAGGCUUUGGGGAAGGCAGUUGCUACCAGCACAGACGUGACAAGUACGAGAUACGGCAACUGUACAUUACAUAACAUCCCACCCCGCUCGACGGGGUGGAAUACGUGUCUGUUGAUAUGUCAUGGCGAAGCACC